AUGUUACCUGUGAAAAGUGCAUUGAGUCAGGGAAGAACCAUUAUAACAAUGCCCAUGGGUAGAAUAAUCACCAAGAUACAACUUCGAAAUAGAACUGCAUUAAUUUGGAACCGAGGAUUUUCUAGCAAAAGUUUGGUACCUCAAAAGCAUCGUAGUGAUGAAUUUGCUCGACCACCGCAAAAUUCAGAGGUAAGAGUUCGCAGUUCCAUGAUAAAAUGGGCAGUCUUAACAAGUGUUACUAUUGUAAUAGGUACCAUUCUGUUAAGGGCUCAAAAUGAAAAACAAAGAUUGGAGGAUGUUGAAGAAGAAAAGGAAUCCAUUAAGAAAAGGCAACGUAUUAGAAUCUUUGAUAAUAACUGGUUAUUUUUCUGUUAUUCUACAUUGCCAUUAAAUGCAAUUUCACGUCUUUGGGGCCAAGUAAACUCCUUAACAUUGCCCCUGUGGAUGAGACCUUGGGGGUACAAAUGUUAUUCGUAUAUGUUCGGUGUCAAUCUAGAUGAAAUGGUUGAUCCUGAACUAACUCAUUAUGCCAAUUUAUCGGAAUUUUUUUAUCGAAACAUAAGACCUGAGUGCAGACCUAUUGCGCCUGGUACAAGCGUAAUUGCUUGUCCGAGUGAUGGUAAGGUCUUACAAUUGGGUGUCAUAGAUUCAGAAAGGGGCGAGAUCGAACAGGUUAAGGGUUUAACUUACUCGAUUAAAGACUUUUUAGGUACUCAUUCACGUCAAGGUGUUUCAAGAAGCUCAUCAACAAUCGAUCUUUCAUCUGAGGAAGACAAACAUAGAGAAUUUGCCAAAGUGAACAAUUUCCAAAUUAAAGGUCCAGACGAUGAUCAUCCGAUUACCAUUAGAAAUGAAGGAGAUAAAGCAGUCGAGCAGCCUUUCUUACCUGUUACUAAAACUCUGAAAUUAUUAAGUGAAUUAUCAAUAACUACAACUCCUUUGAAAAAAACUUUCCAGGAACCAAUAGACACUGAAUUGUACUACGCAGUGAUUUAUCUGGCGCCUGGUGAUUAUCAUCAUUUCCAUUCGCCUGUUGAUUGGGUCUGUCAAGUACGUCGUCAUUUCCCUGGUGAUCUCUUCUCGGUGGCACCGUAUUUCCAACGUAAUUUCCCCAACCUUUUUGUGUUAAAUGAAAGGGUGGCUACAUUGGGCCAUUGGACCCAUGGAUUUUUUAGCAUGACCGCUGUGGGCGCUACUAAUGUCGGUUCUAUCAAAUUAAGCUUUGAUAAAGAAUUGGUUACUAAUAUGAAAAGAAAUAAACAUGCAGAACCUUACACCUGUUAUGAGGCAACCUAUGAUAAUUCCAGUAAAGUAUUAGGUGGUAUGCCUCUUAUUAAAGGUGACGAAAUGGGUGGGUUCAUGUUAGGUAGCACUGUGGUUCUCUGUUUCGAAGCUCCUAAAGAUUUUAAAUUUAGCAUUAAUGUGGGUGAUCAAGUUAAGAUGGGACAAAAAUUAGGCGCUCCAGAAAAAUGA